CUAGGUUCUCUGCAAUAUUCCUUCGCUGGGGGCUUCGUCACAUCCUCGGCGAAUACCGAUUGGUUGCGUUUGCUUCAAUAUGAUGCAGUUUCUGAUGAGGAGACUCGGACCCAUUUUAAUGUAACACACUCCUUUUUAUCAUACCAGCCUCAAUAAAUGGGUCAAAUGCUUGUGGAGAGGGAAAAAUAAUAUAGAAUAGAAUCAAGUGGAAUUACAAUUAAAACGCUGCCCACCGCCCUCAUAAAAUGAAGCAGGCAUUGGUGGAUGACACAGAGGAUGUAUCGCUGGAUUUCGGUGCAGAAGAGGAGGAGCGGGCGCUGAGGACCGCUAAAAUAAGACAUCCACUGGCUACAUUUUUCCACCUCUUUUUUCGAGUAAGUGCCAUCAUUACCUACCUCUUCUGUGACUGGUUCAGCAAGAGUUUUGUCACCUGUUUUGUGAUGAUCAUCACCCUUCUCUCCUGUGAUUUCUGGUCUGUAAAGAAUGUAACUGGGAGACUGCUGGUGGGCCUGCGCUGGUGGAAUCAGAUUGAUGAGGAUGGGAAAAGUCACUGGGUGUUUGAAGCAAAGAAGACAUCUUUGCAGAACAAGAGCACAGCAACAGAGGCAGAAGCCAGGAUCUUCUGGCUCGGCCUCAUCAUCUGCCCCCUCAUCUGGACCGGAUUUUUCUUCAGCACACUGUUCUCCCUCAAGCUAAAGUGGCUGGCACUGGUCAUUGCUGGAAUCUCUUUGCAGGCUGCAAACUUGUAUGGUUACAUCCGCUGCAAGGUAGGGGGAGAGGAGGGCACACCUAGCUCAGCCUCCUCUUUCCUUGGACAGCAAUUUCUACAGAGGCCGGAUAUCAUUUUUGGCAUGCUGUGAAAGAAGAUGGCUGGAGAAUGACGUUUCAGUGCCGAUGGCACAAAAACGUAUUGAUUUAACCAGGCUACAUCGUUUAAUUUACACAAUUUACAGUGGAAGAUGCUCUCAAGAAA